GGGUGGGCACUCUCAGCUCAUGAUGCUACGCAAUGUCUCAAGCUACCUUCACGCCUCUGCUAUCGCCGCUCAAUCGCCUUUGUUGAUGAAGCCUAUUGCCGAGUUGACGCACGAAUGCCCUGCUCAGCGGCUUUUGCGAGAAAUUACAGCAGCACAUCAUAGGCGCGAUUCCCGCUCAAGCAGGGGAGCCCAUUGGUGCUGAUCGACGCGAGAGCCCCUGAACGGCCUGGCACUAGAACGUCUAGUCGAGCAGUCUAGGUUCUGAUGGCUUUAUCCCACCGUUAUCUAGACACGAUAGUCUGGAUGGAUGGGGAUGGCACUAAAGGAAACCGAUGUUACAGGCUUGGCGGAACCCCCUUUCUCCAUUGGAUCGUCGUAUCCACAGCUGUUGGCUCUCAACCAACUGCCGACGCACCACGCCGUAGAAGCACUACAGGUACAAAGAAGUAUGGACAACGAAGCAUGCACAGUACAGGUACACACUCGCCUCGAAAACACAGACGAAUGCACAAAGGGUGUGUCUCUGUGUGGUCGAUUUGACUCGAGGCCGGUGGUAUUCGAUUUGGCGGCUAGGGAAACACAGCUGACCACAAAUGGGAAACGCCAUUCCCUUGGGCACGUGCGAAGCAUUUCACGAAGAGGCUCCAAUCUCAUUUCAUUUGUCUACGCGACGCCUUUCGGGUCCCCCGAGGACCAUGACGCUCCCUCUUCUCCUGCGAUGAUGUCUUGGGGUGAAUCGAGGUGCCACGGGGUUGCUGGUUCCCGAGUCUCACGAUGCGUCUUUUUAGUGGACUCACCAACCUCAUAUUGAUUGCAAGUAAGGGUACUGUACGAGUACGGAGCACGCAUGAGAGGGAGGGGGAGUUUGGGAACUUACAACAACUAUUUGUGUCAUUGAUGCAAGUGCCACGGUAUGCAGUUUAGUGCUCUGUUCUUCCUCU